UUCUGGUUGGUGCAGUGUUUAGUGAAAUUUGACUGAUACAUAGUGGAUUUUUUUUUGUGUGUGUGUGUGUGUGUGUGUGCUUUGCUUUGGGGUGUUUUGUUUUUUUGGUUUUUAUUUUCUUGGUGUAUGGUGUGUGUGUGUGUGUGUGUGUGUGUGUGUGUGUGUGUGUGUGUGUGUUAGAGUGGGGGAUUUUGUUUUAAUUUUUGAAAUUUUAUUUUCAUUUUAAUCUUAAAUUUUAUUUAUUUGUUUAAUUAUUUGGGUAGCCUUGCUACCAAUAAUGUAUGGCCCAAAGGAUGAGUUGACAACAGGGCCCAGCCCUGUGCCCAUCCUCUGGUAUGAGACUCUCCUGGCACAGUAUACCAUCCUGAGGACCAUAGGUCAGGGAAGCUAUGCCGAGGUGAAGCUAGCCCAGCACCGCCUCACAGGCGCUGAAGUGGCAAUAAAAGUCCUGCUGAAGCGGAAGCAACGGACCUUCCCGGUUUGGUCUGAAGUGGGGAUAAUGAAGAGGAUGAACCAUCCCAAUAUCAUCUCACUGCUCCAGAUUAUUGAAACAGAACAGAACAUCUUUCUGAUCUUGGAACUGGCUGAGGGACGCGAGCUGUGGGACUGGAUUCAACAAGUUGGCUACCUGGAGGAAGACAUAGCCCGAAAGAUAUUCCAACAGAUCGUGCAUGCCAUGUGCUAUUGCCAUGACCAAGGCAUAGUGCACAGAGACCUCAAACCAGACAACAUUAUGGUGGAUGCUACUGGCAAAGUCAAAAUUAUAGACUUUGGCCUGGGUGCCUUAAUCAGACCCGGGAGGAAGCUUUUUAGGUUUUGCGGUGCCUUACGAUUUGGUGCCCCAGAAUUCUUCCUGCGCCAACCCUAUGAUGGCACCAAAGUGGAUACUUGGAACUUAGGUAUUCUCCUAUAUUUUAUGGUGACCGGGACCCUGCCGUUUGAUGGUUCCACCUAUGAAGAGCUUCAGUGCAAGGUUUUACUAGGAUUGUAUGCGGUUCCCUCCCACCUCUCACAAGAGCUACAGGACAUUAUCCACCGCUUAUUAACUGUAAACCCUACGGAGAGACCAACACUAAAGGACAUUAUGGGGCAUCCUUGGCUUAGGAAAGGAGGUGAGGGUUCAUCAAGCCCAUGUGAGGAAAUGAGCCCUAGCCACCCGGACCCUGCAAUCAUGGCAGCCAUGGCAGAGAUGGGAUUCGACCCACGUGACAUCCGGAAAUCUGUACUCCAUAGGUUGUUCAAUGAGCCCAUGGCAACCUACGGUCUACUGCAAUGCCAGGCACGCCAGCAGGGUGACUUCAUUAGGCAAACCAAGGCAGUGCGACCAGGAACAACACCUUUUCCCACGCCCACAGAUCCUGUCGCCUUCCCUGGGUGCCGAAAGAGGACAACUGAUGUGCCAGCCCUUCUUCAAUCCUUUCUCUCAUUAUCCUUGAAAACUGACUCUGCAAAGGACAGCCAGCAGAUACGGCGGAGGCUCAGAAGAAAUGCCACUAUGCCUAUAAUUGCCCCCCACCACUGCCUGCAGAAGAGGACACCAACUCAUGGUGCUGUCGGGGACCCCACAGGGACACAGCACAGUGGCACUGCAGACACAAUCCAAGGUGCGUGGAGAAGCUGGAAGAGGUGGGCAAGGAGGAUUGGGGCCGGUCUAUUACGGGCCUUCUGCUGUCUGCCAUCUGAGAAGAGAAGGGUCAGGCCCCAGAUGGAGGUAUCCAGGAAAAGACAGGAAGCCAGAGGCUAGCCAGAGGCCAGCCAGGGGCCAGCCAGGGGCCAGCCAGGGGCCCUGAGGUCCUGUGAAUUAUGAGGUCAUGGCAUUGGGGGUCAUUCUUGAGUGGACUCAAACAGCUGCUGAGAGGGACCCACACAGGAAGCCCAGAGGCUGGGUGGAGCCAGGAGAAAGGCAACAAAUGCCCCAGGGGUCUUCAGCUGGAUUCCCUUCAGCAGGGAUGUCGGCAAGAGAGUAGCCUUCCAAAGCAAAGGAUUCAAGGCCUGAAAGCAAGCUGGAAGACAGACACCCUUCUGCCUGCCUAGGAUCCUGUUAGACUGAAGCAUGUCCCUGCCCUGCUCCUGUAUGCCAUAAUGAUAGGUAGAUUAAAGGUGCUUCCCAAAUGUACUUUUCAAGCUUUUACAAUAAAAUUGAUCAUAAAGA